AUGGGCUCCGAACACGCCUCAUACAGCUCUAUAGCUGAGAGUUCUAGUAUUUUGGACUUUUUACUUCCGCUGCUGGAUGAGACUUCGCUGCCCGCUCAUGCGAGAAAUAAGCGUCAAAAUGUGCAAUUCACAGGCACGAGGGACAGACCGUACUUUCCAAUUCCCUUUAAAGAAACAGAAUUAACAGCUGCCUUGAAAGCUGUUGAGGGAUGUGUCGCAUCUGCACUUGCGGAUGAGAAACUCGGCAAGGCGGCAGAGGAUCGAAAGAUCAGAGUGGAUCAGGAAAAGACAACGGCAUUUUUGUUCCAGGCGUAUUUGGCGAGAGUUGGGGGCUUGGGGAAGCUGGAUAAAAAUGUGCGAUCCUUGUUGAAAGACACCGACUUGUUGCAAGCGCAGUCGAAUGCGUAUCGGCGCAUGUCUGCGAAUUUGUAUGAGACUGCUGAGACGGGAGAGUAUUACCACAUUCAUGGAUCAUUAGAGGCUUCGACGACAUUGAAGAUGAUUGGGUUGGAGUCACAUCGACCGGAUCUGGAAACGCACCAGGAUAUUGUGGAUGCGAUCGAGCCUGCGGUGAGGAAGUUUACGGUUGAGCAGUUGGAGAAGAUGAAUGCUCAGCAUCGACAAGCUGGUGUAAAGGCAUUUAAACAUGAAGAGUUUCUCCGGACUCCGCACGGUAAAGAGAAUUGGUCAUUGCCUCCUUGGGCCGUGGAAAAUCUCGAGUCUAGCACACCAAAGUGUCCUCUACCAGAAAAUGGUGACAAGAGAAUACUGUCGGGUAUCAAGGUCUUGGACCUGUGCCGCAUCAUUGCCGGUCCAACAAUCACACGGAUCCUGGGCGAGUAUGGUGCCGACGUGCUCAAGGUGACGAGUCCAAACUUGAGUGAUGUGCCGUUUUUCCAGGUCGAUGGGAACAUGGGCAAGCGCACUACUGAUCUUGAUCUCAAAACUACCGAGGGGCGACGAAUAUUCGAGACGUUGCUCCAGGAUGUGGAUAUCGUGGUUGAUGGAUAUCGGCCAGGUGCCUUGGAGAAGUUAGGCUAUGGACCUCGCGCGAUGGCGGAAUUAGCCGCCAAGAGAGGUAAAGGUAUUGUAUACGUCAACGAAAACUGCUUCGGAUACAAGGGCGAAUGGGCAGGUCGUCCUGGCUGGCAGCAAAUCGCCGACUGUGUCACAGGUGUAGCAUGGGAACAAGGACGCUUCAUGGGCCUCAACGAACCCGUUGUCCCUCCAUUCCCAAUCUCUGACUAUGGAACCGGCUGCAUUGGUGCUAUUGCUGCUUUGACAGGUCUCUAUCAUCGCGCAACAAAGGGUGGAUCAUGGCACGCCACGGCUUCUCUCCUACACUACGAUCUUCUUCUAUUCAAGGUUGGCCUGUUGCCAGUGGAGGUUCAAGAGGAACUUCGGAGACAGGCUGGUCCAGAGUUUCUCUCCCUAAGUCACGCCCAUAGCGUGGAUCAGAUUUCUGGCACGGCACUUAGACGAAUGCGACAGCUGUUUCCUGACUUUGUCGACCAUCCGAAGUAUUUGGAUCACUGGCACUCAGAGGGGUACAAGGCAAAUGUUUCUGCGGUUCUGCCGGUUGUGGAGAUUGAGGAUUUGGAGAUAAGCUUUAGUAGGGCUAGUAGACCGAAUGGGAGUAAUGAGGCGAGCUGGGAUGCUGGAAAGGAAGAGGAUCGGUAG